AAGAGAGGCAGGAAUAGAGUGAGGGGUGACAGAGUAGAUUAUCCUCUCCUCUCUGCCAGUCUCAUCAUGUUCUUCCUGCAGAUGUUGACUGUUAUCUCUCUCACUGUUUUCUUCCUGUCAUCAGUAGAAGCGAAAGGCGUGCAGAUGCAGAGGGAUGUGCAGUGCUGCAUGUUGUACUCCCGGGGCAAGGUGCGUCCGAAAGAUGUGUUGCGGUUUGAGGUGCAGAUGGAGGGGCCCGACUGCAGCAUACAAGCCAUCAUUUUUUACACAAAGAAGUCAGUGAAAUGCGCAGACCCCAGAGAUCGGAGGGUGAAAAGGCUGUUGAGGAAGCUCCUUCAGAGACCGAGAAUCAAGAUGCACCAAACCGUGUGGUUUCCAUCUCGUGACAACCUGCCUGUCAUGUCAGAGGAUGAAAAGUACAAUUUGGCGCUUCUCAAUGUGGAGUGAAGAAGCCCCAUCAGACAUGGAGGAAAACUUGUAGUCCUACGCCAAGUAAAUGUUCAGCAGCUCGUUUUCCUUACUCAGUGAUGCCUGCUGACUCUCCGUCAUCUUGUGUCUCUCUUUCUACAUUAUCUGUCUCCCUGGGACAAGACCUGGGCAGCAAUACAUAUUCAAACGGCUUUAGAUAUUUAAACAUGAACUGUGCUUGAAAUAUUCCCAACCUGUGGCCGGAACACUCAACAGAGGAGUGUUAUUUGUCGGAUGAGUUGCAAUGAUUUUUCUUUUUCCUUUUUAAUGGCUUAUACUGUUAUUUGCUGGAGUCUGCCUAAAGUGUCAUCCUCUACAACAAUGUACCGUAACCGAUCGUGGCUGAUGUGAAAUCAGUGAAGGUUUACUCAAGUCAGCGUUGACAUUCAUAUAGUAAAUUAUCAAGAUACUCUCUACUUAUUUGUGACUUGUAAACUUUAAACGUGUAAAAACAUUUCACAGUAUAGGAAAGUAGAUGCAUUUUUUUCACAUUCAGCUGGGCAUACAGAAUAUUGGGAAGCAUGUCUAUAUUACUAAAUUGCACUUUGUUUUCCUUUCUAGGUAUUUGUAACAAUAUUUGUAAAAAAAAAAAAAAACUUCUUCAGGCAAUAUAAGACUGUUCUUGAAAUCAAAUUGGGCCCAUACUGAAGCAUUUAUUUGGGUUCAACUGUUUUUGUUUUUUGUUUUAACUUAACAAGCAAAUUCCUUUAUAUCCUGACUGCUUGUAAAUGUCAAGUCAGAGUUUUAAAAUUUGCCUCUCAGGCAUUGACAACAGAUUAAAAAAUCUAUUUAGAGUUAAUAUUUGUGUUUUUCACCAAUGGUCCGUCACAAAACUAUGCCAAAGUACUGAUGAGUCCAUCCAUGACAUGACCAGGCUGUUAAACCUUGAGGGCUCUAUUGUGUGUGAGAUGCACAAGCAUUGUAUUGUAGAAGACUGCACUGUAUCUCAAGUAAAAUAUUUUAUAAAUUUAUCUGAAGUACUAA